CGUAACUGUUAGGUGGCGGUGGUCAGCCAUAUUGUCUCUGAUACAGCAGAAAUCACACACUGGCACAGACACACCGGCGACGGAGGGAGGCGAGGACCGUUGGCUUGACGAAACUCAGCUUACUAGGAAGCAUUUCGGUCGUCGAAUUGACCAAGGGGCUAUCCCACCGUGCCCCUGGUGGCCCCUCCCCCCGUCCUCAGGCAAAGCCCCCCCCCAAACCCCUUGCCCUGUUGGGAUCAACUCCCUCAACCCCUACCUUCCCUCCUCUUCCUCCCUCCCUCCCACCCACCCAUCCUCCCUUUAUUUCAACCGUCCUCCGCUGCAGUGAGGUCGCCCCACCAUCUCUGCCAAGCUGUCGGACAUGUCAGGACCCGUGCCGAGCCGGGCCCGAGUGUAUACCGAGGUCAACACUCACCGGCCCAGGGAGUACUGGGACUAUGAGUCCCAUGUGGUUGAGUGGGGAAACCAGGAUGACUUCCAGUUGGUGCGUAAACUAGGGCGUGGCAAGUACAGUGAAGUGUUUGAGGCAAUCAACAUCACCAAUAAUGAGAAGGUGGUUGUGAAGAUACUUAAGCCCGUGAAGAAAAAGAAAAUCAAGCGUGAGAUCAAGAUUUUGGAGAACCUACGUGGAGGUCCUAACAUAAUCUCCCUCAUCGAUAUCGUGAAAGACCCUGUAUCCCGGACACCCGCCUUGGUCUUUGAGCAUGUUAACAACACAGACUUUAAGCAACUGUACCAGACCCUGACAGACUAUGACAUCCGAUUCUACAUGUACGAGAUCCUCAAGGCCCUGGACUACUGCCACAGCAUGGGAAUCAUGCAUAGAGAUGUGAAGCCACAUAAUGUGAUGAUUGAUCAUGAACACCGCAAGUUGCGCCUUAUUGACUGGGGUCUGGCCGAGUUUUACCACCCAGGACAGGAGUACAACGUCAGAGUCGCCUCCCGCUACUUUAAAGGACCUGAGCUCCUGGUGGACUAUCAGAUGUAUGACUACAGUCUGGAUAUGUGGAGCUUGGGCUGUAUGUUGGCGAGCAUGAUCUUCAGGAAGGAGCCCUUCUUCCAUGGCCAUGACAACUAUGACCAGUUGGUGAGAAUAGCCAAGGUUCUGGGUACUGAGGACCUCUACGACUACAUUGACAAGUACAAUAUUGAACUGGAACCUCGCUUCAACGACAUUCUGGGAAGGCAUUCUCGUAAGCGGUGGGAGCGGUUUGUCCACAGUGAGAACCAGCACCUGGUCAGCCCUGAGGCUUUGGAUUUCCUGGACAAGCUGCUGCGCUACGACCACCAGGCCCGGCUGACAGCCCGCGAGGCCAUGGAUCACCCUUACUUCUUCCCCAUCGUGAAAGAUCAGUCUCGUGUGGCCGGAUCAGCCAACCUGCCCAGUGGGAACACGGCUGUUAGCACAGCCAGCAUGAUCACUGGUAUCUCUGCCUUGCCAGCGUCCACUGCCCUGGGCCCUCUCACUGGCUCGCCGGUCCUGUCUGCUGCCACCAAUGUCCUGAGCGCCCCGGUGCCCGCUGCUGCUGGUGCCCCGCAGUGACACCCCACCCCACAUUCACCCCCCCUACCCCCUCUCCCCAGGCUCUCCCUCCCCAUCACCACCCAGCCUGGGGAGGGGGAAACUAGACAGGUGCCACUCUACCAGCCCUCACCACAUCCAACAUAACUCAGUGUGACCGCGCCUCACCCACCUUCUGGCUGAAGGACGCCAUCGUCUAAGAAGAGAACGAUGUUUUUCCGUUCCUUUUCCUCCUUGAAUGAACUUGUUAACCUGACAUCUGAAAUGAAUGUUCUGUGUAACUGAAAUAUACAGGUAUUCCUUUCAUUUUCCCACAAGCCGUAGUGAAUACAAAGGGGUGUGUGUUUGUGUGUGGUGAGUCUGAGAGCAAUUGUCAUCCAGGGCUGAUUCGGGGCCUCAACAGCCCCCCCCCCCCCCC